UGAGUCGGUAAGAUGGCGGCUGUGAGUCUGCGGCUCGGAGACUUGGUGUGGGGGAAGCUGGGCCGGUAUCCUCCUUGGCCAGGAAAGAUCGUUAAUCCACCUAAAGACCUGAAGAAGCCUCGUGGAAAGAAGUGCUUCUUUGUGAAGUUUUUUGGGACAGAAGAUCAUGCUUGGAUCAAAGUGGAACAGCUGAAGCCUUAUCACGCCCACAAAGAGGAAAUGAUCAAGAUUAACAAGGGUAAGCGCUUCCAGCAGGCUGUGGAUGCUGUGGAGGAGUUCCUUAAGAAAGCCAAAGGCAAGGACCAGGCGUCUUCCCAUAACUCCAGUGAAGAGAAGAACCGGCGUAAUUCCAGUGAGGAGAGAGGCAAGCAGUCUGCUGGUGAAGAGAAACGCAAAGCUGGUUUGUCUGAAGGGAAGUUGAAGAAGAGCACAGGGGAAGGGAAGAAGCGAGCAUCUUCUGUCUCAUCAGAGCGAGGCUCAAAAUCGCCCCUGAAAAGAGCACUAGAUCAGAGCCCCCGGAAGCGGGGACGGCCCCCCAAAGAUGAGAAGGACCUCACGAUCCCUGAGUCCAGUACAGUGAAGAGAGUGAUGACUGGAACAGUGGCAGGAUUUAAGUGGCCUCCUGGUGUAAGUGAGCCUGUGAAGGAUGGUGACCCACAUUUCCAUCACUUCUUGCUCAGCCAGACAGAGAAGCCAGCUGUCUGCUAUCAGGCAAUCACUAAGAAGCUGAAGGUGUGUGAAGAGGAAACAGGAUCCACCUCCAUCCAGGCAGCAGACAGCACAGCAGUUAAUGGCAGCAUCACUCCUACUGAUAAAAAGAUAGGAUUUCUGGGUCUGGGCCUGAUGGGAAGUGGCAUUGUCUCCAACUUACUAAAAAUGGGGCACACGGUCACUGUAUGGAACCGGACUGCUGAGAAGUGUGAUUUGUUCAUCCAGGAGGGGGCACGGCUGGGAAGAACCCCCGCUGAGGUGGUCUCGACCUGUGACAUCACCUUCGCCUGCGUAUCCGAUCCAAAGGCAGCAAAGGAUCUGGUACUUGGUCCAAGUGGGGUAUUGCAGGGAAUACGCCCAGGGAAGUGCUAUGUGGAUAUGUCGACAGUGGACGCAGAUACUGUCACAGAAUUGGCCCAGGUGAUAGUAUCCAGGGGUGGUCGCUUCUUGGAAGCACCAGUCUCAGGAAAUCAACAGCUGUCUAAUGAUGGGAUGCUGGUGAUCUUAGCAGCUGGAGAUAGGGGUUUAUAUGAGGACUGCAGUAGCUGUUUCCAAGCAAUGGGGAAGACCUCUUUUUUUCUAGGUGAAGUAGGCAAUGCUGCCAAGAUGAUGCUGAUUGUGAACAUGGUCCAAGGUAGCUUCAUGGCUACGAUAGCAGAAGGACUGACCCUGGCUCAAGUGACUGGUCAGUCCCAGCAAACUCUUCUGGAUAUCCUCAAUCAGGGACAACUUGCCAGCAUCUUCCUGGAUCAGAAGUGCCAAAAUAUCCUACAAGGAAACUUUAAACCUGACUUCUACCUGAAAUACAUCCAGAAGGAUCUUAGAUUAGCCAUUGCACUAGGUGAUUCCGUCAACCACCCUACUCCCAUGGCAGCUGCAGCCAAUGAGGUAUACAAACGAGCAAAAGCAUUGGACCAAUCAGACAACGAUAUGUCUGCUGUGUACAGGGCCUACAUCCACUAGGCUGCACCAUUCUUACUGUUAAUACCAUGAUUAUUAAUUAAUAUUAUGAUGAUACUGGGUUUUAACUCUGGACCAGUCCAUCUCUGUCUCUCCAUUUCCUUUUAUACACAAACUUUGUUGAGAUCUGCCACAAGGGCAGCUGCUGCGGUGAGCCUUCCCCUGGUGGCACAAGGGGGAGGAGGGGGCUCGGAUUGUUGCAAUCUGAUUAGAACAUCCAUGCCAUGCACUGACAGUCACGGAACAGAAUGGUGGCGGCUGGUUCAGAAGCUCUGAGGCAAUUCAGCCAGAAAUCUGCUGCUUGGCUUUUUAUUUCUCCUUUGUACGCUUGUCCAAGAUGCUGUUUCUAACAAUUGCUUCUCUCCUUUUCCAUGGGUAACAUAUGCAUUGGCCUCUCUGCAUCGAGGGACAGUUGUAAUACAUCCCAUCUACCUGUGAAUAUCAGUAGAACCCUAAGUCCCAGUUCGGGGGUGAGAAUUGCUCCUGCUCCUCAUCACUGCUAUAGAACAAAGCACCUCCCAAGGGCAGUUCUGCAAGUUGAUGGGGCUGUAUGUAGGCUGCAUGCAACACUGUCUGAUCCCCCAGCACCUUGAUGGAGCAGCUCCUCAUACUGAUGGGAAGAGCAAGCUGUAUUCAUGUCUUCUCCUCUACAGAUAACUCUAGCUUAGGGACCACAGGUCAUGGUGGAUGAGAGACCCUGAUAUAAACACAGCCUCCUAAAAGGCUAAUCACAGCUGCACAUCCCUGUAAACAGUGUUAAGAGAUUUAUAGGGGGUUGCUUAAAAAAAUCAUAAGUAAAAAUUCAAAGAUUAAAAUUGAGUCAGAAUUUUUUUCUUGGUGAAGGAACAAACCUUGAGGUCCUUCCUGCCCUUAUUUUAUGUGGAUUUUUUAAAAUCAUCUGCAACCUCCACUUUUUCCUAACAGUUAUUUACAAACACUUCUUAGGUUCUGCCAAUAUCCCAAGUAGAGUCGUGAAUCUGACAGAAGGGGCUAGAGGAAUGAUCAUAGGGCCAAGAGACAGAAAGUCGCACAGUUCCAAUCCAUGCUCUUCAUCUGUGGCCUUCAGGUGGUCAUUUUAGCUCUUUGACUCAGUUUCCACAUCUGUAAAAAUGGGCUUGAUAUUAACCUACCUCACAGGGAUGUUGUGAGGAUUGAUUAGUGAACUUUGAAAAUGUAAAAUUUCAUGUACAAGUGCUGAGUGUUGCUAUUAUGGGCACCACACUAGCAUAGCAUAAUAUCUCUUUUGCUGCAGUUGUGACUGCUUGGCAGGAUCCCAAGUUUAAGGAAGGCCUAGUAAAUAAAAUGGGGGCCUAAAGUGCUGCUGAACUUGAGCCUAGAAGUGUUGGAGCUGAACUGCAGAAGUGAACUCACGA